ACCGACUCGAGCAUGAGUACCGAGGAGGCGAAGGGCCUCGUCGUCGCCAUCACGCACGUCGACUACACGCCUGCGGACCGGACGCAGUACGUCAUCCGGGUCACGGACCACCAGAUCCAUGGCGUCGAGAUGACCGUGCGCCGGCCCUACCACGAGUUCCGCGAGCUCCGCGCUAAGAUCUUGGCCAUCAUGAAGCCGUUGGCGAUGGACUCGGCGAACGGGCGGUUCCUCGCAGCCGUCGAAGCGCUCUCGUUCCCGUCCAAGCGCCUCUUUGGCUCGCGCACCGAGUCGGUCGUCAAGACGCGCGCCGAAGCGCUCGACAAGUGGCUCACCAAGGUCUUGCUCUGUACGCACGAAUACCGAAAGGCGCAGAAGCGCAAGUCGACCCACGAUGCGUCCUUCAACACGCAAGGCAGCGUGCUUGUGCUGGACGCGCUCAAGGAGUUUUUGACCACCGACAUUGAAGAGAUCAACCGCGUGCCGGUGCCGAUGGCGGGCGACGAGCCCAAGGUCGUGCCGAUGCCAAAGCGCCACUCGAUGCCAAUGGAAAGUCAGCGCGGUGGCAGCUCGAGCAUGACCAACGAGAACGAGCGCCACACGGACAACCUCCCGGGCUACGCGCCGACGCUCUCGCCGCGGUCCCAGUGGACGAAAGAAAAGUCCAACUCGGCCUCGUCCGUGGCCACGACGCGCCACGAAUCCUCGUCGUCCCUCGCGUCCAACUCGUCGCUCUCGUCGUCGCUGCCACCGCGCUCGAUCCUCAAGUCGAACGAGCGCCCCGUGUCGACCCGGCAAACCCGUGCGAAGACGCGGUUCGAGGACCAGCCCGAGCCGACGCCAACCAAGUCGAGCCACCGUCAUCGCAGCAGCAACCGGUCGAGCUUGUCCCGGUCGCGUGACGUCAACUCGUCGUUCCUCAAGGACGCGCGGUAUGCGUCGACCAAGCCAGUCGUUCUCAAGCGCAUCCCGUCCGGCAACGAAGCGCAGAUUGUCGGGAACGCCGAGACCGAGCUCCAAUCGCUUGGCCUCACGCGCGACGGUGCGCUCAUGCUUCUCCGGUAUCUCGACAAGUUUCUGGCGAAAGCCAUGAUCCGCCAGCCGGGCUGCUACCGCAUCACGCCCGACAAUUGGCUUGCGAUCGACGCCGAGCGGCUCUGCCUCGAGCUCGAAGAGGCUUUCUUUGAUCCAUCCGAGAUGACGCGAGUGCUCUUGGACGGAAACACGCACGAGUGGCGCAUUCCGCCCAAACUCGAGGGCUACAUCCAGUUCAAGUGGACCAUGGACAACCACAAGAAGGCGUCGGAAGACUCGGACGACUCGGACGACUCGGAAGUCGAGAUCGUCUCGUUCCGAGGCAAGAAGAAAUCGCGCUUCUCCGAGCACGAAAUCGACGAGAUCGAGGCCAUGAUGAGCAACGGGAACGCGAGCCGCGAGCAAAUGAAGCAGCUCCGUCGGCAACUCCACGAAGAAAACUGGGAGCGCUACAGCCGCCCGGGCGAGAGCGCGGCGCGCGGCAACGACAUCUCGGACGACGAGGCCUCGGACGACGAAGACGUGGUGACCAUCUCCAAGGCCUUGCCUGGCUCGGUCUCGGUCUCGGCGGCCGCGGCGGCAUUUGAAGACAGCGACAGCGACAGCGACAUUGGCGAGAACGAAGACUUCGAGAGCUUCAUCCAACGCAAGAGCCAAAAGCUCACCGGCCGACUGCAAGGGCUCGUGUGAGCAGCAGCUCGUUCACCUCUCUGGUUUUUGGCUCGUGAGUGAAGAAGACGCAGUUAUUUAUGUGUGCUAACAACCCA